CUGACUGCCAUGGGCACUUAGUUCGGCUGCUUAUCAUACCAGACUGAUCAGGUCAAGGACAUGGGUUUCACUCUUGGUAACAGUCACUGUCUCCAUUCUAAGGCCACGAAUUUCCCCCUGACUCUGGACAAUGCCCUGUAAAUGUGAGCUGCUGGUUAUAAGCCUCCAGCUUCGCCAGGGAGGCUCGACGGACCUGCUGACAGGGGACAGAGAUGGCGGCGACUCUGGGCAGCGGGGAGCGCUGGACAGAAGCUUACAUUGAUGCAGUUAGAAGAAACAAAUACCCUGAAGACAGACCUCCUGAGAGUCAUGACCCCUGUGGUUGCUGUAACUGCAUGAAGGCAUACAAGGAAAAGAAGUCUGAGAAUGAGCGGAAUCAGACCCGGCAGAGUGAAGGGAGCUCCACUUAUACUGAGGAACAGUUGCUUGGUGUACAAAGGAUCAAGAAAUGUAGAAAUUAUUAUGAAAUUCUGGGAGUUUCUCGAAAUGCAACUGAUGAAGAACUUAAGAAAGCUUAUAGAAAACUAGCCCUGAAAUUUCACCCUGAUAAGAACUGUGCUCCUGGAGCAACGGAUGCUUUCAAAGCAAUAGGAAAUGCCUUCGCAGUCCUGAGCAAUCCUGACAAGAGACUCCGCUACGACGAAUAUGGAGAUGAACAGGUGACUUUCACCGCCCCUCCAGCCAGGCCUUAUAGUUAUUACAGGGACUUUGAAGCUGACAUCACUCCAGAAGAGCUAUUCAAUGUCUUCUUUGGAGGACAUGUUCCUACAGGAAACAUUCAUAUGUUUUCAAAUGUAACAGAUGACGCUCACUAUUACCGCCGACGUCACCGACACGAGAGGACACAGACAAGGAAAGAGGAGGAAGAAGACAAACCCCAGACUACAUAUUCUGCAUUUAUUCAGUUACUUCCAGUUCUUGUGAUUGUGAUCAUAUCAGUCAUUACUCAGCUGCUGGCUGUGAAUCCCCCAUAUAGUCUGUUCUAUAAAUCGACCUUGGGCUACACCAUUUCCAGAGAGACCCAGAACCUGCAGGUGCCUUACUUUGUGGACAAACAUUUUGACAAGGCCUACAGAGGAGCUUCUCUGCGUGACCUAGAGAAGACAAUUGAGAAGGAUUACAUCGAUUACAUCCAGACAAGUUGCUGGAAGGAGAAACAGCAAAAGUCGGAGUUGACAAACCUGGCGGGGUUGUACAGAGACGAACGACUGAAACAGAAAGCAGAGUCGCUGAAGCUGGAAAACUGUGAAAAACUUUCCAAACUUAUCGAUCUGCGCAGAGGAGGCUGAGGACGAUGGUCCUGUGCCGGGUUGGGGUUUUGUUACUCGUUAUUAUUUAUGCUCCUAAUUCCAUUUUAUAAUACAAAAUUAGGACCUGGUG